UCUGGUUUUACACAAUGCUCCUUCUCAAGAAGAUAUACCAUUUCCAUAUUCAUCCCAUACAUUUGAAAUCCACUGCUAUCAAUCACUUCACAACUCAAUUACUUUUCCGCCAAAUAAACACCCCGGCAAAUUCAAGUAUAGAAGAUUUAUGCAUUAACGAUAAACUAAAUCAAGCCCUAUUUGAAAUGUCCAUUCAAGAGGAUCAUCUGAAAUUUAGUGACUACGAUUCUCUGUUAAAUCUAUGUGUAAACAAGAAAUCCAUUACUGAAGGACAAAGGGUUCAUUUGCACAUGAUUAAAACUCAUUAUAUUCCUCCGCAGUUUCUUCAAACUAGACUUAUGGUUUUGUAUAUAAAAUGUGAUCAUCUGAAAGAUGCGCGACGAGUGUUCGAUUCAAUGCGUAAAAGAAAUGUUGUCUCUUGGACGGCUAUGAUAUCUGGGUAUACACAAAGAGGGUCUAGUUAUGAUGCAUUGGAUCUUUUCACUGAAAUGAUAAAAUCAGGUGAAUCUCCGAAUGAAUUCACAUUUGCGUCGGUUCUUCCUUCUUGUACUGGUGUUAGGGGAUAUGAUCACGGCAGGCAACUACACUCUCUUAUUGUCAAAACUAGUUUUGAUUCACAUGAAUUUGUUGGUAGUUCACUUCUUGAUAUGUACGCUAAAUCUGGUAAAAUUCAUGAAGCUCGAGGAAUUUUUGAGAGCUUACCGAAAAGGGAUGUUGUUUCUUGUACUGCAAUAAUUACAGGUUAUGCUCAAUUAGGCCUCGAUGGAGAAGCAGUAGAUUUGUUUCGCCAAUUGAUGAGAGAAGGAAUGGAAUCAAACUAUGUUACUUAUACGAGUGUUCUAACUGCAUUAUCUGGACUUGCAGCACUUGAUCAUGGCAAACAAGUACACGCCAUUGUUUACCGUUCUCAGUUACCCUCUUAUAUUGUUCUUCAGAAUUCUCUUAUUGACAUGUACUCAAAAUGUGGGAAUCUCACUUAUGCAAGAAGAGUCUUUGAUGGAAUGUUAGAGAAAACUGUAGUCACGUGGAAUGCAAUGCUCGUUGGAUACAGUAAGCAUGGUUUGGGCCAAGAGGUAAUUGAUCUUUUCCUGUUAAUGAGAAAAGAAAAAGAAGUGAUACCAGAUAACACUACCUUUAUGACUGUCUUAUCAGGCUGUAGCCAUGGAGGUUUGAUAAAUGAAGGUUUAGCUAUAUUUAGUGAGAUGGUUGAUGGGAAAGAAGGGGUCAAACCAGAACAUCAGCAUUACGGGUGCAUAGUUGAUCUCCUUGGACGUGCUGGGAAAGUCCACGAGGCUUUUGACCUAAUUAAGCAAAUGCCCUUUGAACCCACAUCAGCUAUUUGGGGUUCACUAUUAAGUGCUUGUAGGGUUCAUAAUAAUGUUGCUAUCGGUGAAUUUGUCGCUCGCCGACUCCUUGAUAUUGAGCCGCAAAAUGCCAGGAACUAUGUUAUUCUUUCUAAUUUGUAUGCUUCUGCUGGUAGAUGGGAAGAUAUGGCGAAUUUGAGGAGUCUAAUGAAGAAAAAAGCCGUGACAAAGGAACCAGGGCAAAGUUGGAUAAAGGUAAAUCGGACAUUGCAUAAUUUCCACGCUGACGAGCAAUCCCACCCAAGAAAGGAAGAGGCACUGAAAAAAGUGCUGGAACUGUCUAUAAAGAUUAAAGGAGCCGGUUACACUCCCGAUUUGAGCUGUGUAUUGCAUGAUGUCGAUGAUGAGCAGAAGGAGAAAAUACUGCUUGGCCACAGUGAGAAAUUAGCAAUAGCAUUUGGUCUCAUUAGUACUUCUCAAGGUUUUCCUGUUAGGGUCAUGAAAAACUUAAGGAUUUGUGUCGACUGUCACAAUUUUGCUAAGAUUGUGUCUAAAGUUUGUGGAAGAGAAAUAUCUAUACGGGACAGUAAUCGUUUUCAUCACAUUGUUGGGGGAAUUUGCUCUUGUGCUGAUUAUUGGUGAAACCAUAGGACUCAGAUGAGUU